CUCCAAAGCUGAGCUCCACAGCCAGCCGCACUUAGCUACUGCAUACUCGAAUGCCUACGCCUCUCGGCUCGGUCACAGGCACUCCAUGAGCUUUUUUCGUGCCUUGGUGAUGUGGCCCGGCGGCAGCGACGCCACCUGGGUCUGGGCCGCUGACGAUGGCUUGCCAGUGUUUUCCCUCUGUGUCUGCGUGGCCACGCCCCAAUACGCCAGAUAACUGAACACACACAGAGGAGGGGACGAGCACAGAAUCAGACAAACGAGAACGAGAAAGGCGGUCUCUCUCUGUCUGAUCUGUCUCCACCCUCUCACUCUCUGAGGGCGCGUUUGAAACAGUCAAGGUCGUCAGCCGAGAGGAAGCGUUGCCUCAUGCUCGACACCGGCACGAAGUAUGCGCGGGCUUCGGAGUCGUCAGGUCCUGAGGUGUCUGGCGAAGAUGUCUCACUUCGUGAGACCGACGCAGCCAUGUGUGUCGUCUGACAGUCGUUGCUGCCGUCCGACAGCACAAGGGACGUGAGCAGCACACUGGUCAGCUGCGCGCUGCCCAGAGAGCCCUCGGCCGGGAUGACAGCGGGGAGAGAGCUGAAGAGUCUCUCAUAGGACGACACGAGCCCGUCGACAUCACUCUCUGCGUCACAGAAGACAUAAGGGAUGUGAGAAUGAGGCCCCCACUUUGUUCUUCCCACCUGUCAGCCGGACAGCCGCGGCUUUCAUCCUCUGUACGGUCGCUGAGGGCUCCGCGCUGCCCACAAGGGGGGCGGCGAGGAGCUCACCGACCAGAAAAGGUAUCUUCGGCCGAACGCAGCCUCCUUCCUCCUCCUCCAGACGGGCGAGUGUGCGACAUCGCCUUCUCACGACUCUGGAACAUAUCGCUAUGACGCUUCCGAAGAAGGAAGUGUUGCUGCACAGGUUGCAGAUGGCCUCCUAUCAUCAACCAACACGCAGACGCGCACAGAGAGAGUCCAACGCGCUGAUUGAGAACUCUUUACCUUUAAAGAGGGAGGCGGAGGGGCCGUCGCGGGCAGCCACGGGAGUCUGUCGCCAUCAGCAGUCGUCAUCGUUGUCGAAGACCUUUCCCAUUGCAGCGCCGUCGCCUGCAGACGUAUCCCAUUGUCUUCGCCGGUCGCGGGUUCACGGCGACGUAUCCGUGGAAGCCGGCG